GUGACCCUGCUGCGCUCUGCCCCAGCCUGUGACAGAGCUGCUCGCACCAUGUGGAAGACACUCAUCUCCUCCAGAUGGACUAAGGAGCCGGUGCUGCAGAUCCUCUUCCCUGUGCUGGAAUACUGGCCAGCGCACAGGAGACGCACCUCUGAUGGGGAUGAGAGGGAUGUCUUUGCCCUGGCUGCAACUGUGGCACUCUGGGAGAUCCUCCAGCUGUCCCACUCCUGGUGCCCAGGGGGAGUGAAGGACAAUUUCCCGCGCCUCCUUCUGACUCUGCUCUUCCAAGUUUUCAUCAGCACAGAGGAGAUGUCAGAGGAGGUCGAGACCUUCUGGAGGCGAUGCCGGGAGCAGCGCAGCCUUCCCCCCAACCCCAACAGGUUUGCAGUGCAGACCGUUAAAGCCCUGCUGCGCCAGCUGCUGGAUGAGGACGUGUUGAUGGCGAUCGGUCGCAAGUGUGGCUGGGACAUGCUCCUCAAGGCUGACACCCACCACUAUGCAGUGGGUCUGCUGGCCAGGGAGCUGUGCCGUGUCUCCCGCUCCUUCGGUCGCCGCAUCGCUGUCAGCCUGCUCCCGCGGCUCAGCAGGGGAGAGCCCCUGUGGGAACUGCCUGCCCUGGCAUUCCUGGUGGAGGUCCUGCACUGCCUGACCCCCAGACAAUAUGGGCCCAGCGUCCUGCAGAUUAUUUCCAGGCACCUGCGCAGUCAGUGCCCGGAGAGGCGUCGCCUGGCGCUCCGAGGCCUGGUGGUGCUCAGCAAGGCUCCCUCAAUGCUGCCCGACUCCUUUGGGACGCACCUUUGGCCUCUGGGCCCCGCGGCAGCAGCGUGGGGCUGCACCACAGCAUUGUGUUCCACACAGGCUAAGAGCAUCUGGAGCCUGAAUGAAAGCCUCCUGGAGCUACUGCAGGAUGCAGACACAGACGCAGUUCAGAUGACUCUCUCUGCGUUCAUCAAUGUGCUGGGCUUGAAAAUCAUCAAAAUAUCCACCCCUACUGCCCUGAAGUUGCUUGAGGUGCUGCGGCCACUCUUUGACAACGAGCACAGCCAGCUGCAGCAGCUCUCCAUGCUCCUCUUCCAGGAGCUGAUGGAGGCGACAGAGAGGAGCAAGAGCCUAAAGCCACACGUGUACCUGAGUCUGGUGCCAUUCUACUUCAACUGGCACAAUGAGAACCGGCGUGUGGCAGAGGCCUCUCGGAGAGCACUGUUUGGUGCAGCCAGGUUCCUGAAGUGGAGAGAUCUUGAGCACUUGGUGACCAUGGAGCAGCCAUGGAGGUUUCCCGAGUGCCUGCUGGAAAAGGACAGGAGCCGAGUGGGCCAGUACGUGCGCCAGGCCCUGCCGUUCCUGGAGAGCCCAGAGGAGCCCCUGCGAAAGCUGGCCAUCAAGUUUCUGGGGAUCGCCGCCAGGUCCAUGAAGCAGGAGCAGCCAGAGCUGCAGCUCAUCUGCCAAGCCCUUCAAGACAUCACUGAUGACAGCCCUGCCAUCUCAGACCUGGCCCAUCAAACGCUCCACAUCAUCAGAGCUGUACGGAGGACUUCAUUCUUCUCAUUCUGGUAGUCUCUGUUGCUGCCUCUUCCAACCCGUAGAGGUGUGACAGAAGACAUCAGACUCGCCAUGGCAGGCCUGGCAAUUCAACACUGCUACGUGCUGAGAGCUGUACAGAUGGCUCCCUACUACAGAUU